AUGGCUUGGUUUGGUCAAUACUCGAGCUUUGGCAACAAACCGACCUCUGAGGGAUCCGAAUCCAAGAUCUUACGUGAUGACAGAGCAUUGAAGUCAAAGCUGCNNAAGGUAAGAUAUUGCUUUCGUUCAUUCAGUUGUACGUUCAUUGAUCAGAUUUCCACGACAGAAGUUACCAGACACGUCCCAAGAUAUCUGUUCAGAAUGUGGCAUCCAGACUCAGGUGGCAACAAGAAGCUAAACACGACCGAAAAGAUCACACCGCUCGCCUUUUACAAAGGCGCGNGGCCUAAGAGCGUCUACGAUAUGUCGGUCAAAGAGUUUGUCGACAACACUACCAAGCAUCUCCACACGGAUCCCUACAUGGUUACCGAGUUCUCUUCAUGGUCUGCAUUGCCCAGAUUCGUCCUUCAUUAUGCCACCUCUCGCAGAGCAAGCGCCUACAUCGCAGUCAUCGAUACCCAGGGACUUGAAAUGGAGAACGGAAACGCCAUGUUUCAUGUCCCUGCUCUCCAAUCAAUCUUUGGACGUCGUGCAGCACGUCGUGGCUCGUACUAUGAGAAGUACAACUGGGAGUAUCUUAUGCAUGGCAUUGUUGAGGGCAAACAUUACAAGGCAGUCUCGUUCCGAUCUCUCUGUGACGAAGGCUUGACCAAGCACCUUCCAGCGCUAAAGAGCUAUGUUCACGCCUGGGGCGCUGACAUGUUCCCACUGCCUAACCUCAUUGUGCCAUAUAGCACAGGAGAGUUACAGGAACUGGACAAGAUCGCCAAACUCUUUGGAUCAGAGUCUGACAUGUGUGCUGCUCUCACAAUCACACUGUUUUGUUGCAAGAAGCGCGCCGAACUCGGUACCGAUUUGGAGGACGAUGAGCUACACGAGAUUGUCCAGUACCUUGGUGGCCGCAACAAUGUUCCUCNNACGAUUGACAACAAGCAGAUGGUCAGUGUGAUGCGUUCCGUCUCUGCCUACUGCUGGGGCAAGGGCGCUCGAGCUCGUUUCACCAACAAGGAUAAUGUCUCGACGUCUGAUACCGGCAUGGACUUUCUUACUAUUAAGAUGUCUUCAGUUCAUAUCAAGUCGUCUACAGAGUCAGGUCCCAAAGAUGCGUCCAACUCUCGUUCUUACGGGGGC